AUGAGUGAUUAAGAAUCUUCUCACAUUGCACUUAUUGUUGUGUUCAGUAUCUUUAUUGGGAUAUACUUGUUUGUUUUGUUUAUCAUACACUGUUUUGGAAAGAUAAACAAUAUCAUAUUUCCUGCUCCUACUCCUAAAUAUCAAGAAUCUGAUUUUUAAGACAACUUAUAAUAUGCAAGCAUUUACAAUAAAGAUGGUAAUUUGGGUAAAACUAAAAUAAACAUAGUUAAUGGUAAGCCAAAUGAUUAUUCCUAAAAUCUUGAAAAAAUCAGAAGCAUUCCCUAUGUCUAUCUAAAAAAUAAAUAUUGGGAAACCAAUUUAUAUAUAAUAUAUUUUCAUGGUAAUGCAGAAGAUAUGUAAGUUAAUAUAUAAUAGGUAUAGGUAUGCAGCUGUAUUAUUUAUGGAAUAAUUAAUGAAAACUAUAAAUGCUAAUAUGUUUGUUAUUGAAUAUCCUGGCUAUGGCAUAUAUAGAAAUGUCUAACCCACUUCUAUUUUAAUUGAAUAAGAUUCAUUAGCUUUAUAUGAUGAAAUUAAAAAUGAAUUCAAAUUAAAUGAUGAUUAAAUCUACAUUUUUGGAAGGUAUUCUUAAUUAAUAUUUAAGAUCUAUUGGAACAGGACCUUCAUUUUAUUUAGCAAGUCAAAGAAAUAUUAAAGGAUUAAUAUCUAUGUCUGCUUAUAAAUCAAUUAGAUAUAUUAUAGAUGACUUUUGUUUUGGAUGUGGUUGCAUAUUAAACAUAUUAUGUUGUUUACCUCAUUUUUUCAGAAAUUUAGAGAGAUCUCAAUAAAUUAAAUGUCCUAUUGUUUUAAUUCAUGGAGAAGAUGAUGCAUUAAUUUAAUCACAUCAUUCUUAAGAAAUCUUUGAAAAGUAUAAAAUAUUAUCAUAAUAAUAUAAGUCUUCCUUUGAAUAUUUAAUAAUAAUCAUAUCUUAUUGUGAGACCAAGAAUGACUCAUAAUGAAUAUGAUAUUGAAGAUGAUAUUGCAUUUCCAAUAUCAGAAAGUUUUACUGAUUUAAAACCAAAGAGAUUUUGA